AUGACCGUGAUCGUCGCGACGACCGAGAUCGCCGGGAUGACCGGGAUCGUCGCGACGACCGCCGCCGUGACGACCGUGGCCGUAGAGAAGGCCGGCGAGCAAUGCAGCAAAUGCCGGAGGACCGGCGAUCAAGACGAUAGUCAAGAAUCCUCUGAACCUGAGCAGAGGAGCAGGAAACGACCCCGACAGGGAGACAAAAAGAACAGAAAAAAGGGUGACGAGAAGUCUGCUCGGGGUAAAAGAAAAGGAAAGAGAGAAUCAGAUGACGACGAUGAAGAUGAUGAAGAGGAAGAGGAGGAACAGGAAGAGGAGGAGGAUGACAAGAAGGAGGACGAUGAGGACGAGGACGAGAAGGAGGAGGAGGAAGAAGAGGAGGACACUAAGAAGACUCCGCCCACUAAGGCGCCAGUGCCGCCUAACGGGAAGUCUGAGAAGGAGAUCGCCGAAAAGCUCAGAAGAGACAGGCGCGCCAAAAGGCAGCUGCUAAAGGCUGAAAUCAAAGCUUUAAGCUGCUUCGGCUGCAUUCAUGUCUGUCUGCAGGUGCAAAUUGCCGCCCUGGAAUCCGAGUCUGCGGAAAUUAGCAGACAAAAGGAGGUUUUGGUGCAGAAAUCUUCUGAGCUCCCUGCUCGCCUCGAGCAGGAGGAAGAAGAUCGUCAACGACGACUGACCGAACUCCAAGCAGAGUGCGAGGAACUGCAAAGCGAAGAAGCAGCCUCUCAAGCCAAGUGGAAUGACCAAGAAGAGACGCGCCGCCAGGAGGCGGAAAACAGAGAGAAGAGUAAGGAAGAGCUCAAGUCUGAGCUCGAAGAGACACGGAAAGCCAUGGCCAAGGAGCAAAAGCGUCACAAGGAGAAGAUGGCGGAGCUUCGCCGAAUCGAGGCGGACAGACAAGGAAAGUUGGACAGCGUCCAGAAAGACAUUGACGAGUUUGAUCGUCAGUUUGGCGAAGAGCAGGAGUCGUUGACCAGCCGCCGUGCUGGCCUCCGGCAAAAGAGCCAGGAGCUCCACUCCCAGGUGGAAGCUCUGCAGGAGGAGAGCAGAUCAGCCAAGGCCGUGCUGGAAGAGGAGCAGAGGAAGCAGGAGGAGGAAGUGGCCGAGCUGGAGCGCAAGAUUGAAGAAUGCGCUACACAGAGCCGCACCUUCACAGAAGACCUCGAGAAGCUUGGGGCAAGGAGAACCCUUGAGGAGCCGGAUGGCGAGGCCAUCGAGGCCCAGCUCGAGGAAAUGAGCGACGAACAGAAGGAGCAGGUGAGCCAAAAGGCAUCGUUGAAGGUCCUGAGAGCUGUCAAAGGCAUGAAGAGCUGCGAUGCUGAAACCAUCAUAGAGGCUUUGCAGUCCUUGGAGACGGCUCUUAGCGAGCACUUCCCCCUCACAGGCGAGCUCGAGGCAGAGCUCCAGGACGAGGCCGGCGCAGCCUUGGAGGCCAAGGCCAAAGAGCACGGCCUCCGCCCCCUGUCGCAGUGCUCCAAGGGAGGAGAAGGUGUGGAGGUCGAGGCGGAAGAAGAUGCUGCUAUGGAGGAGAAGCCAGAAGAAGAGGAUGAGGAUGAUAAUAAGGAUGAGAAGGACGAGAAGGAUGAGACUGAUGAGAAGGACGAGAAGGAUGAACGCGAUGAGCGGGAAGAGAAGAACGAGGAUGCCGAUGCAUCAAUGAAGACGGACAAGGAGGAGGAAGACGAGGAUGAGGAGGAGCCCGAGAAAGACUCACCGAAGCCACCACCUUCACCUCCUGAGUCACGACCUUCACCUCCUGAGGAGGAGCAGCGGCCGCCAAGCCCGGAGCCGCCGUCCCCACCCAAGGAGCGCCGGGAGAGCCGCGAGCAGAAAGCUCCGCGCGCAAAGACGGUCGACCGGCCGCUUGUUGGCUUCGUGCUAGGAGCGCAGAAAGACGAGGAUCGGAAGGAUAAGUCCGAGACCAGACAAGAGGAAAGAAGAGUCGAGGUGGUUCCCGAGCCGGUGUCUGCGCCAGCGCCGCCCCCCGAGCCUGCGUCUGCGCCGAUGCCGGCGGCGGCGCCUGCACCGAUGAUGGCGGCACCAAUGCGACCGGCAACGGUUUUCAACUGGACGCACCGCAACCAUGCCGACAAGCUUGCGGAGCAGGAUCGAAAGGCUCGAGAGGAGAAAGAGGCUGCUCUGAAAAGAGAGCGCGAAGAGGCCUUGAAAAAGGCAGAAAAUCAGAUGACUGAUCUAGAGAGGAAGCAGCAAGAGCAAGUAGCUCGCUUUCGAGUUUCGAAGGCGAUUGAGACCGUCCGAAAUACUCUGAUGGGAAAAGACCAGGCUGCUGAAGAAAUGCGGCAGGAGUUCCUGGAACAGGAAGGCAUACCCAAAAUGAUGGGUGUGCCAGUGCCUGUGCCCGGAUUGGCAGCAACUCUGGCUGAAUUAUUCGUGGCUGGCCAUCCAAAGAUGCAGGUGGGACUUGUACCUCUUGCACUCUCCGCCCAUGCUGGAUUGACAGCAGCUGGUAUCCCUGUAGGUCCACCCAAACCACUCAGCGCCAUGCCUCCGCCAAGUGGCAUGAUGAUGGGUGACAUGAAAGGAGACAUGAAAGGAGCUUUGCCGGCUCAGACGAAUCUGUGUCAAGAGGCAAAGGUGGCUGCGGAUGUGGAGGUUUCCCUGGUGGCUGCGGGCCCUGCGGAAGCAAGGGCUGCAAGGGAGGGGGGUGUUGCUUUGGCGAGCUCAGCGGCUGCGGUCCUCCGAGCGGUCCUCCUGGUGGCCCCCCUCCAAAUGGUCCAGGCGGGUAUGGUGGUGAGUCUGGAGGAUAUGGCGGUGGUGGAGGCUGCUGUGGGGGCUGUGGCCCCGGUCCAUGCGGUGGGAAAGGAGGUUGUGGCUGCAUGGGCAAGGGCGUAA